UUUCUAUUAACAGCGAUAAUAAAGAGGAAAUUUAGGAUAUCGACAUUGUAAACCAAUCUACCUCAGUUACAUUUUCUGCCUUGGACUAACUCCACUGUUUUUUGAUGAAAAGGAAUUUAUUUCAUUUCGCCCGACACAAGUGUGGCUUGCAUUUCGUAUUAACUGGAGUAACUUCUGUUUCGUAUUAACCGCCCCAAAUGGGGCCCAUGCUUCAAUUUGACCAACGCCACUAUUGUAUAUCAGCCUUAUUUUAGCUAAUCAUGUGGCCCCUUGACAAUUCCUUCUCAGAAUUUCAGGAGUUUAUCUUCCUCUCUGAAUCAACACCAUGAGUUACUGAUGGGUUUAAAGUCUACAGUGGAAGGUUUACUGGCAACCCCAACCAGUAAUGUUUGGAGUACAUAUGGUGGUUUAUCCAGAAUCUGUUACCAUGUGGAGAAGAUACUCAAGUUUCAUCUUCUUGAUGAAUUAGAAAAUGCUGACUUCUGGCCAUUUAUAAAACAGGUGAAAUGGCUUGACCCUGUCUUAGGUCCAUUCAUUGAAGGCAUCCAGCGUAUGUCCCCUAAUCCUGAAGGUCUCUCUAAGGGCCACAUAUGGUUAUGUCAGAGUCUACACCAACACAUUACCUCCAGCCAACUGAAGACGUUGCUAAGCAACUCGGAAAACCUAUUACAGUUUUAUUAUUCUGAUGCCUUUCUUUGUAACCCAAAAUACGUCCAAGCUCUUCUGAUCUGUCUGAAUGCCAUCGAACAUAACAAGGUGACACUUCUGGCAGACAUCGAUCCGGCUCUUCUGACACUGAGAAGUAAAGCCCCUGAACACAGGAUCUGUACUAGCUAUCCCGUCCUAGGGAACCAGUUUUCAACUAUGGAGAGAACAAAAGUCGAAAAGUCCCCACCUUAUGCCUCCCCGAAAAGGGCUCGAGCAAUGCUGAGUGUUUCACAUGAGCAAGCCAUACCCAUACCUAGCAACGAAGGAAUCAAAGACAAAGCCAAAGACACCAUGCGGUAUGUCCUGGACCGGUCUGGGACCGUCUCGCCUUCGGAAUCACCGCCACAGAGUUUUAGUUUCUAUGACAGUAUCAACUCUGAUCCUCUGUUGAACUUUGAAUUUGCUGGCGCCAGCAGAAAAGGAGACAGUAACGUUCAGCUGAAUCUGUCGACUAAAGAUGUCUGUGAUGGGCCCUCAAAAGACAGUUUUGACCCUGCUGCACUGACUGCUGACAAAAAUAAAGGUUUAUUCAAGUCUGUGUCCCUAGAUGAACGCUCUUGUGACCAAAACACACACCCUGUUGAAUCUGCAAGAAAGACAGAGAUUCCUCACCAAAAUGUAAAUAAUAAACUUGAGACCCAACCGGGGAUGUCGCAAGUUGUCCCUUCAACUAAUCCCCUGUCUGAAUACCCUGGAAACAGCACCAACAGAAAAAACCCUCCACAUAAGAUCAGUCAUAAACGAUGCCAGUCAGAUGUACCGUUUAUUAGAAAAGAACUCAGUGAGAUGCAGAAGGAGAGUGCUUUUAGCAAGAGACCCAGUGUCCAUUCUGUUACUUGUGACACGAGAUUGCUGAAGAAAUCUGCCACUUUCAACAGUCAACAGUCCAUUUGUUGUCCAGAUGGUAACUUGGUCCACCCUGUGCCUGGUCAGUCUCUCAUCAGUUUUCUCACUUCUCAAGACUUCAACACCUGUGCCAACUUAGACAGGGAAAAUGCUCAUUUUAGCAUUUCUGAAAUCUUGAUUUCUGCCAUUGAACAAAUGAAAUGGAAGCAUGUGAUAUCUCCGCGGCGGAUCUCGGAUAACGAGGAAGGUGAUUCUGACGAAGAAAUACAACACCUCAAGCAGAGGAUUCGAAUACGGCGCCAUGAAAGGAUGAGAGAGAAAGCCCGGGAGAGGCCAGCAUUCAGUGAUGGACGAACGGACAAUAGUUCAGAUUCCAGUGAUGGCAUUGAUGAUCAAGAAAUAGAACUUUCGUUUACCGACAGAUCUGAUAACUGUUCUCUGUUAAAACACAGUGGUUUGUCUUUAUCAAUGGCCUCGUUGUAUUCAGAUGCUGACUUGUUCCAAAGACACACAGAAAAAUCUAGCUUCAGUUCAACAAUGGACAGUAGUAACAGUCCACAAGUAUCUGCAGAGUCUGUGGCCAUCUCCCUACUUAAGAAGUUCUCCGAGAAGCAACUUCCUAAAGCAUCUGAUUUGCAGUGGAUGGUCUCAGAAAAAGAUGCCCCACAAGCUUUACUUCCAUUACCAAAUUCCUAUCCUGUCUCUCCAGAUGAUGAAUACACAGAUCUACGAAACAGGACAAGGUUACGAGGCAAUUUAGAAUGGGCGCCGCCACGUUUCCAGAUUAUUUUUAGCAUCCACACUGUAACAAAAAGAAAUGUGGUCAUUCCCAAACAGAACUAUCGAUGUGCAGGCUGUGGAACUCGUGUGGAACCUGCCUACAUGAAGCGGUUUCGUUAUUGUGAAUAUCUGGGCAAGUAUUUCUGCCAAUGUUGUCAUACCAAUGCCGCUGCUUAUAUUCCAGCCAGGAUUCUACAGAAAUGGGAUUUCACUAAGUACUAUGUCUCCAAGUAUUCUUCUGAUCUUUUAACCAAAAUUUUCCAUGAACCCUUUUUCAAUAUCGAAGACAUAAACCCAGCCUUGUAUCGCAGAGUGAAGGUUCUAGACAAUAUUAAACAAUAUCGCCAACAGUUGAUACAUCUAGCGACACUCUUGAAAAUCUGCCGACAUGCAAGUAUAAGUAUUUACCCAGCAAUAGAGAAUUUGUCUGGUCAUUUAUUUCGAGAAGUUCAUACCUAUUCCAUUGCUGACUUGCUUUUGGUGAAAAAUGGUGAGUUAUUAGCAAUGUUGAAGAAAUUUGUGACGAAUGGCAUCAACCAUGUGAAAGAGUGUGAGCAUUGUCAUUGCUUUGGGUUCAUCUGUGAACUGUGCAACAACGAUCAUGAUAUCAUCUUCCCGUUCCAGUUAAAUAAAGUCAUCAAUUGUCCUCAUUGUAAAGCUUGUUACCACAUUAGUUGUUUCAUUCCCAAUAAAUGUCCGAAAUGUGCUCGAAUUGCUGUCAGAAGGAAAGUGCAACAACAGCGCUCGGCCGAUAUAGAAGAGGAAGAAAACGGCUGACUAAAGUAGCCAUCGUCAAGUUUGGCUGUCAGUUAUUAUUGGAAUGACCGUGUCUUGUUUGUGCCACCUGCAUCAAUCCUGCUGCAGUUAAGACAAGCAGAUGCUGCUGCGUUAACUGUGCAAUAUCUCGUUCUGUAAUGCAAGAGAUGUCCUGUGUUACGAGGCCAGCAAUCUAUUCCUCCAGCUUCCACAUUUGGUACCAGCUUAACGACAUUAUCACCAAAUAGAAACGGCUUUUCUGGUCAAAGCUUUGUACAUGCUAAAGGAUUAUAUUUAUACUGGAAACUAUUUUUUUUAUUACUAUGAUGAUGAUUAUUAUUAUUAUUAUUAUUACUAUUGUAAUUAUUAUUGUUUGUCUUUGUUGUUGCAUUGACAAGCUUACUUCCAUGUGAUUCUGUGUGUACAAUCACCACCACCACCACCAUCAUCAUCAUCAUUGUCAUCAUAAAUACAAUCGGUAAAAUAUGUUUUAAGAAUUAUGCUUUAUAAGCAUGUGCAGCUAAAUAUAUUUCAUGUGUUGUUGGUGUAUAUAAUGUCUUGGUUUGAGAUAUAUAUAUAUAUGUGUGUGUGUGUGUGUGUAUGUAUAUAGAAAGGAAGGUGGUGUGUGUGUGUAUGUAUAUAGAAAGGAAGGAGUGUGUGUGUGUGUGCAUGUGAUCAAUAACUGGAGAAGGAUGGUGUCACAUGUUGCCCUGCAAUGUAUAUUUUGAUGAGAUCUUGCAGUGAAAGGUUGUUGAAGCUUUCUUACAAAAAUUCUGAACAGGGAACCAACUGAAAAUCUGGAGUAAAAAACUAUUAGAAAUGUCAAUUUGUUUCACCAAAGCAAAACGAUUCCUUUGCUUUUUUCCUUUGUGGAAAUGGUUUCACUUUGAAAUGUUUUAUCUUUUGUUCUUUUAAUCAGAAAUUAAAUUUUAGUUGAGAAUUUUUCUUGAAUUCUAGAUUGGUCCUCCAAACAAAAUGGCAGAGGGACCUCUGGAUUAUAUGGCAAAGGUGACCCCUAAAUAAUAUGGCAGGGUGACCACUAAAUUAUUGUUUUAUUCUUUGGUAUUUAAAACUAAAUCUUUUUUUUUUUUUAUAAUUGUGAAAUUGGAUCAAUCUGGAAACUUGAUUGUGGAAUGGAAUAUUGAUUUCAGUAUAACUCUGGUAUGAGCAAUAAAGAAAUGUAUGUAACCCUGGAGGAGAUUGGACGAUGUGUGGAGAAUUAAUCCAAGCUUCAUUUAAAGAAUUAUGUAAAUGUUGCUUUCAUAGAAAUAAUUAGGUUUAGGGCCAAUUCCUACUUUAAGGGAAAUCUGUGUAGUUCAAAAGUUUUCUAACUGAAUUAAUAAUAAAAAUGAUAAUAAUAAUGAUGAUAAAUCCAUGCACUAUUAACAUUAGAGAAAUCAUUCCUUGACCUUUGACCUUUGGAAAUUUCAUGGUCCAAUUACUCAGUGCCUUACACAAGAGUAUUCUUCACUCAAACUUUGUUGCUAAAUUUAAAAAAAAAA